AGCAGCGGCAACAUCAGCGGCCUCGACGGGAUAUGGAACAUGCUCGACUCCAUCACCGGCCGCAGUGUCGCCAUAGGGCCCAACAACCCGCUAAACGUCACUGCCGCCAACAGCAGCACGGUCAUGGCGGUGAUGAUGGAGGUCAUGGCCAUCAAACGCGGCGACAUUUUCAACCUGACCGCCUCCCCCUCUGCGCCACUCUACCCGGGCUCGGUUUCUGCAAACGCGACUCGGGUUACUGUCACUCUGACGGUCAACGCGUCGUACAACCCGCCGCCGUAUAGGUUAAUGUAUGGCGGCUAUCCAGGCCGCCUGUGGCGGUCAACGGGGUUGUAUGCGGCCCCCGGUGAGAUCAUCAACAUUACAUUGGGUACGGCAGCCGCAGUCGGCAAGGGCCUUCAAGUGCAGAUCGGCGCCCACACCGACGAUCUCACAUCCCAGCCCAUGUGGUACCGGAUGCCGUACACCUACACCCGCGUCACUCUCAAGGCCAACAUCACAUCAGCCGGCAAUCCGCUUGGCGGCCAGGUUUUCAUCCUGGUAUCACCGGGGACAAAUCUGGGGGCUGUACAGGUGACAAUCAGCGGCGCUGUGCGGGCGCCUUGGUUCCGUCUGGGAAUUGACACACCGGCCACCUGGGUCAGCACUGUUCGCGACUACCCCGCCCCUUGGGCUGAACUAGAUAGUGGGAAGAUAAUUCUCAUGCUGCCGUCCAAGGCCAUCAGGAACAUGUCCGAUCCGACAGCCGUACUUGAACAUUGGAACCAGGUCCUGGACAACAUGGCGGAUCUUGGCUCCAUGUCCCGGCAGAGGGCGCGUGCAGAACGCUUCCUGGUGGAUGCACAAAUUGGCGGUGGCUGGAUGCACUCGGGGUACCCAAUCAUGGCGUACGAUGUCACAAGUGUAUACAACGUAGGUCAUAUGCAUACCGAGGGUGCCUGGGGCCCCUUCCACGAGUUGGGCCACAACCACCAGUGGAGCGAGAUGCAGUUCUCGGGAACCACCGAGAGCUUUGUGAACCUCUUCACUGUGUAUGCGCUGGUAAGAUGGCUGGGGGUUUUGUCGGCUGACGGCCGUGCUGCCAACCGCGCGGCCUACUUUGCUAAUGGGGCUCAAUGGGCCGCGGACUGGUCCGUGUGGGUGGCAUUGGAUACCUACUUGCAGCUUAAGGAGGGAUUUGGCUGGGAUCUUUACAAGAACCUGUACAAGGUCUACCAAAACUUCACUUACCCUCUCCCGCAACCCGGUCAUCCGGUGACCCGUGGGCCCAUGCGUGUAUGUGAGGUUACAGCUCAGCUACCGCGUGGUGUGGACCUGGUACCAUUCUACCGGGCGUGGGGCUUCCCAGUGACCAACCGGACCGCCAACCUCACAGCGGGGCUACCGGAAUGGAGGGACAGCCCGAUGAGGUGGGUGAUAUGA